AUGACUGGGCUGUCUCAGAGCCCCCGUUACUACCGCAGACCUAACGGUCAGGCCAACCUUGACCGCUUCGUUUCUCAUGCGCCGGUCGGCGCCCUGCAUCUGCCCGAUUUCCAACCGAUUGACUACCACCUGGAUGGCGGAUGCCGGAUGAUGGUACACGGCAGCCCUCGGCAGCUCGCAACCUGCCCCAGGGAUGGUCUCUCUUGCGCUGCUGCGCACGAAGAAGCAAUACCGUACGGCCGGCAACCUACAAAGCCCACAAUUGCGUGGUCCCUUGUUCACCAUCCCUCUGGCGGGGACCAUAGCCCUCUGGUAGUCGUCGAUCAUGAUCUGUCACAAUCUGGAUCUAGCGCCGCUCGACGCGCUUUGAAAAUCUUCAAACGCCUCAUACAGACGAAUCCGACAUCAACGAUUUACUGCUAUGUGGAGCGAUUGCAUGCAUCUCACAUCAUCUAUGCAUUGAUACGAAAUCAGCCUGGCAAGGAGCCAUGCAGCAAGAAAAAGAUGCUGUGUUACAGCCUACGGGGACGCAGCACCGUCGAUUACAUCGUCUACUCACACUUACUGGCCAAAGCUCUCAACCUCAUGUUCACCUCGAGUGCCAAAGUUCAGAUGAAAGAGAUCAACGACUUUGUUUUUGCCGAGAACCUUAUUGUGUGCUUGGGAGGCCAAAAAUGUCUGGCCAGUUCGGAUGAAACUGGUGAAAUUUUCGACACGCCAGGGUUCGAAUGGGUCAUCGCCUACAGAGCAUCUUGGGAGAUAAACUCGAUCAAGAAUAUUGAGUUCACUGGACGGCUUCCCAUAAGUGAAAAGGGCGUUCUCGGGUGGAAAAGGCGGAAUCUCGUUGGUAGAGAGGUCGGCCUGUCAUCAGCAAUCUUACCACAAACAUGCGAGCGGUUUGUACAAGCAACGCAGACCUACACCUUGCGCGCGUACAUACACGACAAGGUUCUUUCCCUCUCGGCCAUUGAGCGUACCGCCAUGGUCGGCACAUCCUUCAGGGGCAAUCCUUUCAGCUUCGCGCCCAACGCACAGGUCCAAGAUCGCCCACUGAAAACUAUGGAAGUCUUCCAGACUUACGCGCGGUGGACCUCGAAGGCGAAGCAAGCAUCAUGGCAAACUGCAAAUAGAAACUCUGGUCAGUGGCCGGUCCACGGUCCAUACACCGCACUAGUGACUGACUACGCAUCUGUUCCCUCUGUCACCGUGGAAGCCUUUGAUGAAGGCGCGCCUAACGAAUCUUCGUAUCGGAACGCCAUGCUCCAACGUUAUUGUAUGGAUAUAUCGAGGCACACGACAUUAGCGGCGAGUAUCGACGACACGGCAAACCGACGCCAUCUAGCAUCUCGACGCGCUCGACUUGUAACUGUUUUUCAAUCUAUACUUGGCGUAUACAAUGUUCGGAUGCAUCAAAUUCUCAUUUCCCUCCGUCAUUUGGCGUUCCGGCUGAAUUUAAGCCGCCUUUUUCCUUUUGAAGUCAGGCAGUCCUGGGGCUGCGAGGACAUUGCCUAUUCGCUUUGCCGGAAUCCCGCCGUUCAACAAUUUGUUCAGUGCAUCAAAGUCUACAGCAAGGUUACGGAUAUCACAUCUACCGUACCAAUCCCGACUGACUGGCCAAAUAUUGCUCCAAGCGUUUCCCGGUCUGCUUGGGUCUUCGACUCUUCAAACGCUCCCUUCAGUAUGCACGACUUCAGCCAGCUGGUCGCGAUAAUUGCUGCUACUAUCGUUGCAGGCAAAGUCUCAAGCCUUGAGGGGAGGAAUAAUCAAGACCAUUCUUCCCCGGCCAGCAUCUCCCGGGCCGUCUAUGGCCCAUCCACUCAGGACCGCCGCAUACUGCAUGCCGUCUUCAAACUCACACGGCCCAGGUUGCUGCUCCUGUUGUUGUCGUUAACGUUGUCGUUGGCAGUGGUAGUGGCAGUAGUAUUGCGUGGUACUAAUGCUGCUGCUACUGUUAAGACUGCGUUGCUGCUUGCUUCUUUGCUUGCUGCUGCUGUCUAUCUGUCUCUCCUCUCUGGUCUCUUCGGACCACCAACGAUGCAGCUCGCUUCAUGGCAAGGCAUCCUGGGCGGCCACACCACACCCCCAGCAGCACCUCCAGAGCCAGAUCCCUCCAUCCCCCCUGACCCCCUUACUCUGCAAGAGACUACUGGUCCCUCUCCUUUGGUCUGGUCCAUGUCCACAGUCCGUCCAUCUGCUCCCAAGCGCUUCCCCCACAGUCUGGUUGAUCUCUUGUCACCUGUUGCUCUCUUAGGACGAACAAAAGGGCGCUGGACGGUUGAUGCUGGUUGCUGUUUUCUGGUUGCGCGCGCUUUUCCCUCCUUCUCGGCUCUGCUCACUCUGUCUAUCAUUCACACUUUUCCUACUCGGCGCAACCAACUCGCAUUCUCUCAUAACAUCCCCGAUCCCGACCAGAUAAAGAUCCAGAGCGGCCCAGUUUUAAGAAAAAGUAAACAGGAACACCACACGCUGGAGAAGAAGGGGAUCCCUUGA